AAUCGAAAACAACAUCCUGUCAUGCACAUCUCAAAGAACUUGAAUAAUUUCCAACAAACAUGUCAUGCAUUUCAUCAUAUUGGGCAAUAGAUUUCGCAAACAGCAAAAGCAAUUAUUCACUGGACACAUUGCAUCCCAGAAACUUUCGUAAUGGCCCUUACUAUUUCACCCUAAUAUUUUUUCGAUGCAGUUUGACAAGGAUGCCUCAUUUUUCAUAAUAAAGUUCAUAUUUGAACGGGUCAUGCGGACUGUGAAUGGCAGAGUUCCAACCGUCCAGACCCACCAAAUUGGGCAAACAACUUUCCAAUCAAUCCUUAGACUCAGUUAUUCUGGGGUGACAAUUCUUGGUGAACCUGCAGAAACACAAUAUGCCGCCAGGGUCAAUGUGAUGGUGAAAACACUCACACAUAUUGAAGCAGCUGCGAACUUAACUAUACGAGAUUUGACAUAUGACAUGCUUGCACACAUGGAGAACAAGAUAGCGAGUGUAGAGCAAGAGGUUGAAGUAGUAAAAGCAACUGGGAUGAAGAUAAUGGAUGCAACCAAUGUUUCAUUUUCUGGAUUGGGCUCACUCAUGCAAUCUUUGGGUAUCACCGAAGCAGUUCUCAGUUCAGCAGAGGGUCCAGGGCCAUUAAUUGGAGAUCUAGUCAGGACACUUGAUGGUGACAAGGUGAACGUUGACAGUGCAUAUGCCGACCUUCUGGCUUUCCAGAUCAAAGCUUACCAGGAAAACUGAACCAGCUGGAAGAGAUCAGAAGAUCAGACGGAGAGAAAAAUUGGAAAGACUCUUCGUCGUCAGCAAUAUAUCUAAUUAUGAACUUAAGAACUAUCACUGUAGUGUUACCCCCCCCCCC